GGAGCAGCACACAUGAGUUGUCAAACAGGUUUGUCUUGAGCUGUUAAGUGGUUUCCAACGCACUCACACAUAUUCUUCUCGGCAGGACAGUGCUGUGUGUUCGCUGGGACACAAGAAGAAGAACCGAGGAGAGGCUCAGGAGCUCAUCUCCAGCUGUCAAGAAAGCCCAAAUGUCACAGAUCUAGCUGAAAUGCUGAACUUACAUGUCUUCAAAGAUGGCAUGGAGAUGAUCGUGAGACGGCCACACAGAGGUACAAAUAAAGGAUAGCACUGAGGAACAAGGGAGUUAUAUUCCAAGACAGUGGACAGCUGCUAGUUUACAGAAUGUCCGUGGAGACGCUCCAAAGGCCAGCGAGGCAACAAGCCAGGACUCCUGUCUCUGCUUCGCCCCCACGCCUGCGACCCAAAGGGCCGGUGGGUCCAGACUUCUACCGACAGUGUUCCCCGGUGACCAGCAGACCAAAGCAGAGCGCCGUGGAGAGGCUGGAAGCAGACAAGGCUAAAUAUGUCAAGAGUCGGGUUGCUCUUUCCAAGCAGCAGCCAGUUCGGCCUCCUGAAGUGCGGAAGCCUCUGCUAAACCCUGGAGCUACUCUACGGCCCACCAGAAAGACCCCGACCCAAACCAAGACCAAGCAGGAGGAAGUCCAGCUGGACUUGGAGCACCUGAGUAACCUCAUUAGUGAUGUGAAUGAUGGACCUCAGUCCAGUGCAACUGUAAGGUCGAAGGACAGCAAAGCUCCAGAGGAUGCUGCCACUACUGCACACAACUCUCCCUGUCCAGCUCCUCUACAGAAGAAGGAGCGACCGUUUACACCUCCACGUCCUGACUGGUCCACUCCAGCUAAGGUGAGGUUAAAAGCAUCAGGUCCUGCCAGGGUUGACAGUCCAGGUUCUCCUGGGUCUCCGGCUGCAGGGACGGUGCGCAGAGUGGACGUCAUGCCUCAGGCCUCCGCUGUGAGGACGACCUGCAGACCUCCUCAGUUCAUCCGGCAGCCCCUUCAACCCGUCCCUCUACAGUCCCAGUUUCCACUCCGCCUGAUUGCUUCUCACCUCUCCCACACCAGGAAGCCUCCACCUCCAUCUCCUCUGAAACCGCUUGUCGCUCCAUCAAAGCCUGACAACUCUCCCUCCCCUCCAGCUGCAGCCCCUCUCCCUGCUCCAGCUCCCCCCAGCCUCCCCGUCUUUCCUCCUCCCUCCCCAGCGUUCACCCGUCUGUCCUCCUCCAGCUCCAGGAAACGUCCCUCUCUGACGCGGUCCAAGUCGGACAUGAGCGACCGGUUCUCCCGAGCCGGGACGGAGCUGGAACGUUUCUUCAACCUGUGUGGUCUGGACCCUGCAGACCUCCAGGAGCUGACCGGAUCCAGCUCUGAUGUUCUGUCCUUGGCUCGUUUCCGCAGCGUGAGCGCUCCUGGUUCUGAGUGUGCAGGAUCCAACAGACAAGAUGAAGAUGAUGAGGAGGAUGAGGAGGAUGCUGGCAAAGCUGCAGAUCGUGUUCCUUACGGGGUUUCUGUCAUUGAGAGGAAUGCAAGAGUGAUCAAAUGGCUGUAUGGCCUCCGGCAGGCCAAGGAAAAUGCAACUAAGAGCACCAAUUUAUAGGAGGAUGUUCAAUAGUCUCUAAGCUUUAACUUAAAAGUGAAAAUUUCAACUUAAUUUUUUUUCAACACAAAUUUUGGUAAUAAUGGGAUGCCAUAAUUAAAGUGGUACAACACCGAGAUAAAUAGAUGGAAUUUGUUUACUGAGUUUGUUCCGUUGUUUAGCUUUCUUUUGUUUGUUUUUGCAAAUUUAGAAAAUUGGUCAUUUUUUUUUUGUACUUUUCGAAUGCACAUUUUUUUGUCUGAAUUUCCUAAUGAGACUUUUUUUUCUGCUGCUGUCUGUCACUGAAGUGACAUUAACAGUUAACAAAUCAAACUCUGCUGUAAACAGAUGAAUGGGCAGGAUUAAAGAUGAAAUGAUGCAAGCAUCA